GAGCAGAUAUCAAAUGGAUCAGCUUUAAACAUUUGUGUUCAGUGUUUAUACUUUUUAUUUGUGUUAAGCUACUGUGAAAGAUUGCCUGCUGCAGUGUCAGUAGCAAUAUUGUACUUGUUACAUGAAGAUGCUUUUCACUUGGUCUCGAUUGCUGCCUAAAUAUCUGGCCACUUUUGUGCUUUUUGUUGGCCUUGCAAGCCCAACUGAACCUAUUUUAAGUAUACACCGUGCUGGAAGAACAGAAGUAUUUGAAGAAAGCUCUUUGUUGAACUCUAGUUUUGAUUCUAUGACAAUUCCUAAUGUGCCAAUUGAACAAGAACUAGGAACAGAAACGAGUGAAAAUGUCAUGAAAAGUGCCAAUUCUACUUUGCUAGAUUACUCUCGGUUUGAAGCUACAGUCUUAGCUUUAUUAAGUGCUGGCCUUGUUGGAAUGAGUGGAAUAUUUCCAUUGAUUAUUCUCCCAAAAAUCAACGGUGGUUUAAACAAAAAAGAUGGGUCAGUUCAGUUACAACGCUUGUUAAGUUUUGCAGUUGGUGGUUUACUUGGUGAUGUUUUCCUUCAUCUUCUACCUGAAUCAUGGGAUCAAUUAAACAACAACAGCGGUUCACACACACAUUGGCCAGCAGUUGGCAAUGGUUUAUGGGUGUUAAUUGGCCUCAUCAGCUUCUGCCUCCUUGAAAAACUUUUCCCCGAUGACAAACCAGAAAUGAGUGAUGAUCUGACAGUUUCGGAACAUACUGACAUAAGUUCGUGCGCUGAAACAACUUACAAGCAAUAUUCAAACGGCUUUAAUCAAAAUGAGAACAAUAACUUACGGCAAGUUAAUGGUACGUCCAAUGGUCAUGCUUGCCAUCAAACAUCAAAACAGAAUGGCAGUAAAAAUACAAAGCAUUAUGAAACAAACAAAGAGCGAAGCAGUUCAACACAAAUCAAAACAAGUGGAUAUUUAAACCUAUUAGCAAACUGUGUGGAUAACUUUACACACGGGUUAGCAGUUGGCGGAAGUUAUCUCGUCAGUAGACGUGUUGGUGUUUUAACCACGCUUGCAAUUCUACUGCAUGAAAUACCACACGAGGUCGGCGAUUUCGCAAUUCUGCUGCGAGCUGGCUUUGAUCGCUGGCAAGCGGCUAAACUGCAGAUUCUCACAGCAGCUGGUGGAUUACUAGGAGCAGCCGUUGCUUUGUUGGCAGAAUCUGCGAAGAGUGCAGGUGAUAGAGUGUCUUGGAUUCUUCCGUUUACAUCUGGAGGAUUUAUUUACAUUGCACUUUGCACUUGUGUUCCUGAUUUACUCAAGGAAAAAUCUCCCAGGGAAUCUUGUAUUCAAAUUCUCUAUAUUAUCCUUGCUAUUGUCACCAUGCACUUAGUGAGUUACGUUGGCUGAUGUAAAGAAAAUAGCCGACAAUUCAUUGGAUUGGUUCUAUCUAUGCAAUUCUGGUUCUGUUUGAAGUGAUGGUAGUAUAAGAAGUGUUGUAACUGUAUUAUCAUGCCAAAUGAUAUUAUUCCGAGUGUGUAGUAGAGAUACAUCAUGCUUGCCAUCCUCUGUAGCAGUCUAAGCAAUAUGAGAAUACUUUAUGUCAAGACUGCAGUAACUUUUAUAUUUUCUUAAUCGAACUAGGAAGCAAACUGCGUGAAUGCUGCCCACACAACGUUGCAGCUAACGGUAUUGCUAUUUUGUGCAAAGUCUUGUAUUACCCAUGAACUUGAUUGACCUAUCUGUUUCCUAUGUUCAGUAGACGCAACACGCAAUUUGCGUCCACGGUUCAAUGCAUGUCGUUCAACCGUAGAAAUGGCUGAUAAAACAGCUCCUUCUCCACUGUAAGAGUCUGUAUUUCAUACUUAAUAUCUGCAGUGCCUUGUCUGAACUCGUUAGUUCAAAAUGCAUGAAAUUAUAUUAUAUUGUCCGUAGGAAUUUGACAUGACGUUUAACAAAUAUUUCAUUGUAUGCAGUCGCGUUUUAAAUAAUGUAAAUAUUUCUGUCCACAAAUCUUGAUUUUAAACAAUUUUAUUAUUAUUGUUACGGCGUAUAUUCGUUUGUAUAAAAUUGGUAACAUACGUAGAUGAUCAAACUGUAUGACUUGAACACACAGUACUUCUUUUUAACUUUACUUUAGGCUUAGAGUAAAUAGAAGAACAAAUAAAUUUAAGACUACUUAUUGCCAAAAGAAUUCUCGUUUUACUUAGUUUAACAAGCAUUUUAUGUGCGUGGUAACAACGCUGUAAUAAAACGAACGUUUGGUUUUAUAACUUAGUGCGUUUCAUAAACUACUCGUGUGCAAUAUUCUCAUUGCUUUGGCUGCGUUAAUAUAUUUAUUCAACUUAAUUAUUUCGGAGAACCAUUUUUAUAGAUCAGAACUUUAUAAAUUAUACUGUUUUUACAGUAAAAAUCCGCCUUAAUUCUUUUUAAUUUAACCCCAGAUUUGGUUUUUGUAAAUUGUUUUCAUUGAUCAUCAUAUUUGCUAUUGUUUUAAUCUUGUUUUUUUUUCAUCGUGGUGAUAGCGUAUGCAGAAGUGUGGGGAAAUAAAAUAUUUUAAAAGCGUACA